AUGACUCUUUUUGCAAGGGCUGUUCCCAACGGGAAACAUCACCUAUCAAGAAUGCAAAAGAGAGCUCUAGGUGAUCAGCCAAGUACGCAAUCAUCCGAUUCACAAACGGGUCAAGAUUCAAGUCAACAAGCCGGUCAACAGACAGGUCAACAGUCAAGUCAAACUUCAAAUAAUGUAUUCAAAGCUGAUCAACCACAAUCAGGUAAGCAAGAUACCUCCUCUUCAUCCACCCCUGAUGCAUCAUCUCCUGAUAGCAAUAUUGCAAAAAUGCUUUCCGCUCACGCAAAGCACCUCAAACGUAGCUCUGCUUUCGCUGAAUUGGAACCAAGAUCGCCUUUAGGCAACCUAUUCGGAAACAGCGAAUCUGAAACUCCUUCUUCUUCCUCUCAAAGCAGCUCGGGUGGUACAUUCUUUUCGGGAAAUGCGGCUGGUAAUAGUGGAAGUGGUACCACUGGAUCCACAACUGGAACAGGUAGUGGUGGUGGUGAGAGCAGUAGUGGUGGAAGUAGCUCUAGUGGAAGCAAUUCGGGUGGAAGCAACUCUGGUGGAAGCAAUUCGGGUGGAUUGAAUAGUGGAAGUUCUUCGACCAGCGGUGGAACACAAGAAAAGCAACCUUCGAAUAAUGUUCCCGUUGAGCACACGUCUUCUUCUUCUUCAUAUGCACCUACAAGCACAUCGUCAAUGAGACCAACAAGCACGAUGACUAGUGCUACAAGUACAAUGACCAGUAUGCCACCUCCAACGAGUACAUCAUCUUCAGCUUUGCCUUCUUCAACGCAUGUGACUAGCAUCACUUCAAAUGGACAAGUUGUUAUCGUUACUAGUACAAUUCCAGUUUAUCCAGCCCCUACAAGUGUACCCAGUGGCACAAUGAGCCAUCCUAGCGAACAAAGUUCGGGACCUAAUGUUGGUGCUAUUAUUGGUGGUCUUGCAGGUGGUUUGGUAGGAUUGAUCGUUUUAAUUUGGUUGAUUUUGUUGCCCGUUCGUGCCAGAGCCAAGCGUAAGCAAGAAGUGGACUGGUUAUCUUUCAAGCCUGAUAAUCAUGAAGCAAACGAUGAUAAUCAAAAUGAUUCAAUCUUCCGCACUCCAAGAGCAGGCGUUGGCGAAGAAGAUGACGAAACAGCAAUGAAACGUAUGAACAGUAGUGCAGGCAUGUUGACAAACCCAGAGGCAUACCAAAUGCAAGAUGUCGGUCAAGGCGGAAUGACUUUGUAUGGUCAUUUGGAUGGUAACCCGCGUCAACAACAAUGGCAAGGUGGGCAAAUGGGUGGAAAUGGCGCCGAAUACAUGAACCAAGGUGGUUAUGAUCCAAAUUAUCACGGUUACUAUAAUGCUGCUUACCAACAAAAUACACCGGCUGGUUUCAACAUGUAUUCGCCUCAUACAUCUCCUGAGAUGGGACCAGUUGCCUAUCGUGGCGGUGGUGGAAAUGGAAGCAUCGGACAUGGCGGACCAGGUGGUCCUCAAGGUCCUUACGGUAACCCUGGUGAGAAUCCAUAUCAAAACUACAAUUACCCCAAUAUGCCACCUACACUUGCACCAGUCGCACAAAGACCCAAUCCGCAAAAUGUGUCCACUCAUAGCUUACCCACAAGUCCAGUAAGUGAAGUGACUGCAGCUCAAGCAGCUACUUUGAGUAGAAAUGCCUCUGGUACGGCAACAGUGGUCUCGUAUGGAGGCGGAGGAGGUGAAAGUAUGAGUGGUCGUAUGGCAGGAGGCGCAGCGAUGGGACCGUCGAAUUCCGGCUCAAGUCAAGCAAAUACAACGCACAAGCAGCAAUCAUCAAUCACAUCACCAACUCUUCAACGUAGAGAAUCAGGUAAAUUAGUUCAAGCAGCAAAUAAGAGUGAAGAAGAUGUUUGUUUACCGUACGAACGUGAAAGUCCUGCUCGUUCGGCCGAUUCGAUUCAACAACAAAAGAAUUUGCAUCUUGUCAAUCCUGAUGAUUGA